CCACCCUGCUAUAUUUAUAAAUUAAUCAACAUUUGAUUUGUAUUAGAUUUGUAAUUAAUUGCUAAUUCAUGGAUCGUUCGUCCCCGCAAGAAACGGGUGAUGACGUCAUUGUUCCUCCAAGUUUGUCCUCCGAUACCGAGGAUGAAACGAUAAAGGAUAAGGGGGGGUCCUCCGAUCCUGACCCGGGAGCCAUGUUGCUUGGAGAUUUAGAAGAUCAGAAGAUCGAAGAUGAAAUCACCAUAGAUCUGGAUGAAGAAGUUUUGGAGGAUGGGGUCAAAGAUGAUCUUCAGUUAGACGUUGGUUUAAAAGAGGAAACUAAAGAUGCGGGAUCCAAAGAAAACGUUGAAGAUAUACCAGAUGGUCCUAAGUUGGAAGACGAUGAUUUAAAAUGUGAAUCGGAGGUUGGGGGAUCAAAAGAGGAUGUUAAAGAUUUGAAAAAUGAAGUUGGAGUCGUUGGAUUAAAAGAAGAAGUUAAAUUAGAUGAUGAUCAUGCGUUGUCCCCGAUAUCGGAAGAACCUCAUCAAGUUGUGGAGGUUGUGGACGGUGGAAUAACUAUAGAGGGGACGGGUGCGCAAGAUGACGAAACGAUCGACAUUACGGCGAACACUCCUAUUUUAACUGAGGAUAAAGAUUUGUUAAAGAAGAUUGAAGAAAUGGAAACACAACUUUCGAUGUCGCGUGGUGAGAUUGAAUUGUUUAAACAGAAACUCAGCAAUCUUGAAACAAACGAAGAAUUCAAGAAUUGGAAAAAUCGUUCCGCCGAUUCAUACGUCAUAGAGGAAAAGAACAAAGAGCUUUCUGAGCGAAUAAUCGAACAAGGGAAACUUCUAGAAGGCUCCAAACUCCAGCAAGAUGUUUUAAACAAUAAGAUUGUCGAAUUAAAAGACCAAGAACUUAAAACUGUUGAAGAAAUGCGACAAAAGCAGGAAGAACUUGAACGGUUACGGAGCCAGGUUGCCGAACUGAGUACCACUGUCACACAAUUAUCACAAAACCUGGCGAAUUCAGCUGCAAAUGGUAACGGGGACUCGUUACAGCAGAAACCAGACCAUGCUAGUAGUAGUACAAGCUUAAACAAGUCCGCACAAGUUUCCAAGUCUAGGUUUUGUAUCGUUUUAUAGCCCUUGUAAUAACUUGUUAUACCCAAUGCAUGCUGGGUAAAGCGGGACACCUUUAUCACAUAGUAUCCAAAUAUCUUGAUCGUGUUUUAAACAAUUAACAACGAUCUAUGGGAGUCGUGAGGAUAUGGCUUUUAUAUUUCUUUGAAUGUUCUUUGUUUACUAGCAAACGGGUUGAGAAAUGUAUGAAGAGGUGUCCCGUUUUCCCCACCCUACUUGUUCUUCGUGUUUAUAUCCGUCCGAAAGUACAUAAGAGUUUAUAAAUGUACAUAAUAUAAAAGUA